UCUGACACUUGUCAGCCACCGUAGAGCACAAACACGCGUUUAAUGUAGUAUGAUUAACUUCAGCUUACUCGGACUGAAAAUAUAAAUUCAAACCGUAAGGCACCGAUGCUUUUGCCAUUAAGCCGUCAUGAUAUGCCACCCUUCGUGUGUUUAGGAGAUAGCGGUGGUUUAUUUUGUCGACUGAAUUAUGGCUUCACCGGAGCAGCGGUGUGUGUUCUCGCUGUGUGUGGAUGAGACCGUGACCGCUGGGCUGAGAGAGGUGUCUGGACUGCUGGGUCAUCCCGAACCUCCCCAGCCCUCUGCUACUGCGUCCGGUGAGGAUGUUGGCUCAAGGAAGACUGCGUCCGCCGGUGAGGUGUCAGAUAGGAUGUUCUGCUCGGCCUGUCAGUGUCCUUUUGAGAGUCGAGAGGAGCAGAUGGAGCACUACAAACUUGACUGGCACCGCUUCAACCUGAGACAACGGCUGGAAGGAGGAUCAGUGGUCACAGUGGAGGAGUUUGAGAAGAAGACUGGCACAGGCGAUAUUUCAAGCAUUUCGGGUUCAGACUCAGACAGUUCAGACAGUGUGGAUGGGAAUCUUGGAGAUGAAGUGGGCCCUGAAGAGACAGACAGUGCUCUGGACACAGAUCAGUCCACACGUCGACUUUCUACCAAAGUAGUCUUUCAAAACAUGCAGGGACAGUACCUGUCAUUGUAUCACUGUGUUCUGCAAAGCAAGAAAGACAAUGAGGAAGACUUGGUUUCCUCUUUACUAAAAAUAUCAAACAACACUAUUUGGGUCAUUCUGAUGACUGGUGGUGGACACUUUGCUGGAGCAGUUAUUAAGGGAAAAGAAAUUCUGCAGCAUAAGACGUUCCAUCGGUACACGGUGAGAGCGAAGCGAGGGACCGCACAGGGACUGAGGGACUCUCAGAACCAUAGCCACAGGCCUAAAUCAGCAGGGGCGGCCCUCAGACGUUACAAUGAGGCAGCGCUGCUCAAGGAUAUUCACGAUCUUCUAGAAAGCUGGGCUGAGUAUUUGAAGGAGGCAAGUGCCAUCUUCCUGCGAGCACCAAGUUACAAUAAGACCAUAUUUUUUGGAGGUCGCGGGGCACCACUGGACAACAAAGAUCAGAGAGUCCGUGUACUUCCUUUUGCCACACGUAGAGCAACAUUUAGUGAAAUACAGAGAGUCUUUGAUCUUCUCUCAACUGUACAUGUUUAUCAAAAGGACACUGAAAUCUCCAGUAUUGUCAGUCCUUCGAGAAGAGUGUGGAAGAAGAAAACUCCUAAACCUGUUAGUCAUCCAGUCCCAAACACCAAUGUGCCUGCAGAGGGAGAAGAGGUUAAAGAAGAAAGCUCAGGGGAGGAAGACCCAGGAACGUUAGAGAUGGUGGAGGUGACACUGGGAACUCUGGACCUCAGAGAACAUGAGGUCCAGCUUAACAAGAAGAGAAGAAGGAAAAGGAAAGAGAAGAGAGAAGACUCAAGCAACCGUGAAAUAACUAAGGAAGAGGCAAAUUAUGAAAUACUGGAAGAAGGUGAACUGGAAUGUGAAGAUGAUGACUCUAAAGAGAUGCAGAGAAAGUCAACGAGCGGGAGGAAACCCAAAGGCAAAAAACGUCAGCUAGAAGAAGAAGAAUUGGAUGAGUCUUGGGAAUAUAGUUUGAGGGAUGCUCUCUACACCGCCUGUAAAACGGGGGACAUCCAAUCAUUACGCACCCUCCUGCAACUACCAGAGGACCAGGGAGAGGAAAAAGGCAAAGGAGAGAGAAACGCCAAAGAGAAUCCUAUCUCAAGGGUUUCAUGUCUUCUCAACAAGCCCAUAGACUCAGCAGGCUUUACUUUACUGCAUGUGGCAUCAGCAGCUGGACAGAGUUCAGUCAUCAGACUGUUAAUGGAUGAAGGGAGUGAUCCAGCUAACAAGGAUAAGAAAGGACAGACUCCAUAUGGAGUUGCUCCAGAAAAAGAUACUCGCAACACAUUCAGAAAAUACAUGGCCGAACACCCUCAGAAGUAUGACUACACUAAAGCACAGGUAAACAAAUCUAUCUUAUGAUGACUA